AGAGAGAUGAAGGAGACAGGAAAGGAAGAGAAUUCACUUCAGGCCGCCUCCUGUAUGUGUGUGUGUGUGUGUGUGUGUGUGUGUGUGUGUGUGUGUGUGUGCAUACUUCAGAGAGAGUUUUGUGUGGUGAGUGGGUGGGUGCGUCAGUCAGUCGGCCCGGGCUCUCUGCAGCGCACUCAGCCGCUGCACUCUCCUCUCGGCUGAGUGGAAACAUCAUGUGUCUGUGGGACGCCCAGAGGAACAGCCCUGUUUCUCCGAACUGAGACCAGAACGGAGCAGUCGAAGACGGACGGAGGAAGAGAGAGGGAGCAAAAUGAACUCAAACAGAAACUUGGAGUAGACUGUUCAGAAGAAAGGAGGAAGUAAAAGACAGAGCAUUUUUGAGGAUAGUUUUCAUCCAUUCUGCCAUCUGGUAACUACCACCUCAGACUCGGCUAUGCCAUGCUGGCCCAGAGGAAUGGGCUACCUCCAGGCUGCAAGCCGGUCCCACUGAAGGAUCACCCUGACCUGCGGGAUGUGGACGUGAACGCGGAAGGCUGCUGUUCCCUCUCUCCCUCCCCGUCAUCUGGAGGCUGUCCCUGGGCUCGGCUUGCCGGGGUGGACGGUUGCCUGUCAGAGCCAUACUGUCUUUGGUUCCAGCUUUUGGCCAGAGCCUACUGGGGCGAAGUGGAACUGGGUCUCACCAGUCCCAAUCGCAGCGUGUCUUGGGCUCGACUACGUGAAGCCUCCAGGAAGAACUGUGUCCGCUCUCGGGCCAAGCAGAAGGAUGGGCGUGAUCAGAGCGAGGCGUCGGCCACCACUUCUCCUGGGGCAGAGGAGGAGCCUUUCUCCUGGCCGGGGCCAAAGACGCUUCACCUACGCCGAACCUCCCAAGGUUUCGGUUUCACGCUGCGGCACUUCAUCGUCUACCCACCUGAGUCUGCCGUCCACAACUCUCUGAAGGAUGAAGAGAAUGGCAGCAGAGGGAGACAGCGAAACCGUCUGGAGCCAAUGGACACCAUUUUCGUCAAGCAAGUGAAGGAGGGAGGCCCCGCCCACGGAGCUGGACUCUGUACAGGGGACCGUAUCGUGAAGGUGAACGGAGAGAGCAUCAUUGGAAAGACCUACUCACAAGUCAUAGCCUUGAUCCAGAACAGCGAUGCCUCAUUGGAGCUCUGUGUGAUGCCGAAGGACGAGGACAUUUUGCAGCUGUUUUCCAGGGAUAUCACUGCUCUGGCGUAUUCCCAGGAUGCAUACCUCAAAGGAAAUGAGGCGUACAGCGGAAAUGCCCAGAACAUCCCCGAGCCCCCUCCCAUAUGCUACCCUCGGAUAGAAGUUAAGGCUGCGGGCAUGGCCCAGUCGUCAGAGCCUGCUGCAGUCAGUGAGACGUCCCGAGGGCCAGCUCAGGGACCAGGAAGACGAGGUGGGGCUGCUGAGAAGAGCUAUCGGGUAGAAAUCCCUGUUCCGCCUUCCCCCCCACCCCAGCAGACGUCAAAGUCUCAGACUGUGGUGUGUGUCUGUAAUGAGAACAUGAGGACAGUAGCCAUGCCUCCUGAUCCAGUUGAUAGGGGGUCCCGGGUGGCUCGGGCUGGACCCAGUCACAGGACAGAGGAAAACCGGUACAGUUCUCCAGCAGAUUCUGGCUCAGCCAGACCAAGACCCCUUAUUCCCUCAGUACCUGGUGGUGCACAAUUGCAGUACCCGUCUUCUCGUCCCAUAGAAACCCCAGUCUUCUCCCCUUCCUCAAGUUCUCGACCUGGUGCGAUCUAUCCUGACCCCUUAUCCCCAUCUGUACGAGCACCUUUCACUGCUGCCUCACCGGACACGUUCUCGACUGCCGUCUCACCCAACACCAACCACUACUCACCCUCUCCCACUGCACCUUCCACCUCCCCACACCAGAACAUUGACUGGAAAAACUACACCACCUAUAAGGACUACAUUGACUCCAAGAGGCUGCACACGUAUGGCUGCCGCACCAUCCAGGAGCGCUUGGACAGCUUGCGUGCAGCUGCCAAUUCUAGUUCCGCCUACACCCAACAACGUACACCACCAGAGAGAGGGGCACUGAGCUCCCAGGUCAGACAGAGGAGCACAUCCAAUGACCGGGGGAUGGAUGCAAGUAGCCAGGGUACCACAAUGAAAACUCCAUUACGAAGCGCCUCCCAGGAGAGGCUUGGAGGUGGAACCGAGAGGACAAUACCAACCAGGAACUGGCCUCGGAGUGCUUCCCAGGAUGCUCUGCCCUUCUCCACCCCCACAGGAAUUACCAAACCACGGGCACGGUCUUGUGACUACCUGGGCCAGCAGCCUGCAGAGUCAGGUGGGGUUGACAGGGCGGAGUUUGAGGACAGGCUGCUGCUGUGUCGGCGAGAGGAGGCCAGAGCCAGCAGGCAGAGAGUUUUACCUCAUCUAAACAGAAGUCUCACUGGACAGGAGGAAGAAGGGCGAGGGAGCGGAUUAUCUAACUCACCUUUAGCUGCUCCUGUGUUUACUAAAGGUACGACAGAUUCUGUACUACCAUCAAGGACGGACGGUCUUAUAAUGAGACCCUCACGCCUGCCUGUCAAAAACGCCAUCUCAGACCCGUCACCUGCCUUAUCCUCCAAUAAAACCACAGACCCUCUUAAAGACCAAAGAGCUGCCAUCAUUGGCAACCAUCUGGGCUACCCCUCCCCUCUGCACCUGCAGCUCAGGGGCAGGGCUGACAGUCUGAAAAUGGAGAGCAGGACAGAGGCCGGGUUGGCAGCCAGAUCUUCCUCUUGCUCUGGCCCAUCCUCUAAACUGCCCCUGCAGAGACAACUGCAAAGCGGAGUUGCCCUUGCUUCCUCUGGUACCUCCACCACCAAUGGAGCUGUGACCCAAAAGCCAAAGGUCAGAGAAACCUCCGGCUCCACCAGAACACCUGUGCGGACCAAUGGCGGUCUCGCAGAGGGUGUGGAAGGACCUGAUGCAACAGUAGUGGUCCUGAGGAGGGACAAAAACUCUGGACCCCCUCACAUUCGCCCUCCAUCCUAUGUACUAGCUGUUAAUGACAACCAGGGAGGCGUGACUCAUAAGUCACCACCAUUGGUGAAGGCAGGCUCUGCAGAUGGAGCGAUGUGCUGGAUGUCUAAUGACAGCGGCAGGGAGAUGCAUCUGAGGAGGCUGGGAGACUCGCGGCAAAAGUCUGGCUCCAAUAACCUGGACGACUCCCUGGAUUCAAUCCCUUUUAUAGAUGAACCAUCUAGUCCCAGCAUUGACCAGGACAGCACCCAUAUUCCUGCCUCUGCUGUGAUAUCUGGAGCACCCAUCAUCACCACCAUCCCACCCAGCCCCACUUCUCCAUCCCCACUCAUUCGACGACAGCUGUCACAUGACCAAGAUUCUCUCCGUCUCACAAUUAUUGAGUCAGAUUCUGGUACAAAAACAGAGCGGUCCAAGUCGUAUGAUGAAGGCCUGGAUAACUACAGGGAAGAAAGCAGAGGGAGGUCCUUAAUACCUGGUCUGAAAAGUCUUAGGAAGGCAGUGGACAGGUCAUCAGAGGACUCAGGGUCCAGGAGGGAUUCUUCAUCAGAUGUCUUCUGUGACGCCACCAAGGAGGGUUUGCUGCAUUUCAAGCAGCUCAACACAGACAAGGGAAAGCGUGUCGGAGGGGGUAUGCGCCCAUGGAAACAGAUGUACGCCGUGCUGAGAGGCAACUACCUCUGCCUAUAUAAAGACAAAAAGGAGGGGCAGGCUCACGCCAGCUGCCAAGCAGUAGACGAGCCCCUGCCGAUCAGCAUCAAGGCCUGUCUGAUCGACAUCUCCUACAGCGACACCAAGCGCAAGAACGUGCUGCGGCUGACCACGUCGGACUGCGAGUACCUGUUCCAGGCUGAGGACCGGGAGGACAUGCUGGCCUGGAUCAGAGUCAUACAGGAGAACAGCAACCUGGAUGAGGAGAACUCAGCCUUCACCAGCCAUGACCUCAUCAGCAGGAAGAUCAAGGAGUACAACACCUUGAUGAGCCCGACAGGCAGCAAGACAGAGCCGUCGCCCAAACCUUCUCGCCAGUCACUGAGCAUCAGACAGACGCUGCUGGGAGGCAAAGGAGAGACCAAAGCAACAAGUCCACACUCACCCAAACCCGAGCAGGAGAGGAAGAACAUGCACAAAGAUGACACCAGCCCUCCCAAGGAUAAAGGGACAUGGAGAAAGGGCAUCCCAGGGCUGAUGAGGAAACCUUUCGAGAAGAAGCCGUCCCCUGGAGUCACGUUUGGAGUGAGGCUGGACGACUGUCCUCCUGCACAGACCAACAAGUUUGUGCCUCUGAUCGUGGAGGUGUGUUGUAAGCUGGUGGAGGAGAGGGGGUUGGAGUACACGGGCAUCUACAGAGUGCCUGGAAACAAUGCUGCCAUCUCCAACAUGCAGGAGGAGCUCAAUAACAAGGGCAUGAACGAUAUCGAUAUCCAGGACGAUAAAUGGAGAGACCUCAAUGUGAUCAGCAGUUUACUCAAGUCCUUCUUCCGUAAACUUCCAGAGCCAUUAUUCACUAAUGACAGAUACACAGACUUCAUAGAGGCCAACAGAAUAGAGGACCCAGUAGAGAGACUCAAAGUGCUCAAGAGGCUGCUUCAUGAGUUGCCAGAUCAUCAUUACGAGACCCUCAAGUUCCUCUCUGCUCAUCUCAAAACUGUGGCUGAAAACUCAGAGAAGAAUAAGAUGGAGCCGAGGAACCUGGCCAUCGUGUUCGGCCCCACUCUGGUGCGCACCACUGAGGACAACAUGACCCAUAUGGUCACACACAUGCCAGACCAGUACAAGAUUGUGGAGACACUCAUUCAGAACUAUGACUGGUUUUUCACUGAAGAUGGAAAUGGAGAUCCAGUGACUGUGUCCCAGGAGGAGAGCGCAGUGGAGUCCCAGCCUGUCCCCAACAUCGACCACCUCCUCACCAACAUCGGCCGUACAGCCACGUCGCAGGGUGAAGUAUCAGAUUCACCGACUAGUGACUCAGCUAAAUCAAAGGGUUCCUGGGGCUCAGGGAAGGACCAGUGCAGCAGAGAGCUCCUGGUCUCCUCCAUCUUUGCUGCAGCCAGCCGCAAAAGAAAGAAGUCAAAGGAGAAGCCGCAGCCUAGCAGCUCAGAUGAUGAUCUGGACGCUGUGUUCCCCAAGAAGGAAAUCCCUGGCCAGAAGCCGAACUACCACCUCCAGGCUGAGGCACAGAGCGAGACUCGUUCCAGCCCCAACGCAAAACCCAACACAAAGCAGCAGGUACGGGCGGAGGAGAGGAAGGAGAACGGGAGAACUGUGGAGCUGACACCUAAAGCCAAGAGAGAGCACAGAAACUCCUUGUUCCUGAAGGAGAAAACUCCACCCAGGCACUCGUCACCUUCCCCCUCCCCAGUUACCUCUGGCUCUCCGAACAUCAGCUACCAAACAGCUCCUCAAGCCAAGUCCUCCCUGUCGGAUCCCCCGUCCCAGCUGGAUGAAAACACCUCAGACCUUGGGACCAUGAGCUCUGGAGCGUCAGUGCCGCGGUCAAGACCGAAAAAGUGGACUGCAGGAGUGUCCCCUGAUCUGCCUGCAGGGGCGUGUACCGGACUGGGAGGAGCAGGUGCAGGGGCGUCCGCCGGUGCAGAAGUGAGCUCCAUCACCUCUGACUACUCCACCACUUCUUCCAUCACAUUCUUGACCGGAGCGGAGUCCAGUGCACUCAGUCCAGAGCUGCAGGGCGGGGAGGAGGCAGACGACGAGCGCAGCGAGCUCAUCAGCGAGGGACGACCCAUGGAGACGGACAGUGAAAGCGACUUUCCGGUUUUUGCCCCGGGUGGUGGCAGCAGCCAGUCCACGCCCUGCCCGGAACAGAGUCAGGGAAAGACUGAAGCGAGAGGUGGUGGUGCGGCUGAGGGGAGCACCACGCCAAAACUGGAAGCACGGCGCCUUUUUCCAUCACACAGGAUGAUCGAGUGUGACACCCUCUCCAGAAGGUGGUCCCUGAGACAGAAAACAGACAGUGAAUCAUCUGUGGAGGGUGUAGCUGGGAGUGGGGAACGCAGUGAAGGCAGGGCGGAGUCCUCCACGCGGUUGUCUCGAGUCCUGGAGGUGAUGAAGAAAGGGCGAUCCACAAGCAGCCUCAGCUCCUCUUCACGCAGUGAGUCGGAGCGUCCCGAACCAGCCUGGCACCUUAAGAUCACAGAGCGGCUCAAGUUCAGGUUACGAACAUCUGCAGAUGACAUGUUCACCCAGAAGAACCGAGCUCCAGACGCUCGUGGUAAGAAGAAGAACAUCCGGCGGAGGCACACCAUGGGCGGGCAGAGAGACUUUGCAGAGCUGGCGGUCAUCAACGACUGGAGGGAGCAGGGCGGGGUGGACCAGGCAGCCGACCUGUCAGCUCUGGACCGCCUCAAGCCCAGAUGCUCCUCCGAGGACUUCUCCAUCCGGGACUGGAUCACCAGAGAGCGGAGCAGAGGCUCCGAAUCGAGCGCAGAGGUCGCGCCGAAAGCCGUCCCUGAGGACGAUCAUGCUGAAGCUCAGGACGCUGCUCCAGAAAGACCUCCACCCUCUGCGUCCCCAGGCACGCAGCCGCUGGCAGGGGAGCACGUUAACGGGAGCGGGCUGCAGGGCAAAAACAAAGCCUCCCUCGGGGCGGAUGCUCACCCACACAAACUCUCUGGAGCACAAGUUGUCCGCUCACGGUUCUACCAGUAUCUGUGAAACGGCAAGAGUGGUCUUGUCUUGUGAGUCUGUGAGGAGAAAAACAAAAACAGAAUGAAUGCGUAAAUGUAUGAAUGUGAGUAUUUUAGCUAAGGUUACUGCACAAUAUUUUUUCUACAAAGUAUACUUUAUGUAUCUACUGUACAUACUGUGUAUAGGCUUACAUGAUUGUUACUGGAAUAAUGCUGAAGAGAUGUUUAUGUGUGUAAUUCCACUGACUUGUUGGCCAUACUGGAACAGACGCAGAAAAAAAAAAACACGAACUUCCUCCUGCAAGAUUGAACCCUACUAAUGCAAGAAUGUGACUUUGCUGUUGAUGUUAAUAGGAUAGAAAUGGACUCUGAGGAUUAUUACGCAGCACUAAUGAAAGUAAAGCAGUCAACUUGACUUUUACUGAAGAAUGCAGGAGGAAACCUUUUUAUUAAGGAAUCAUGGUUCAGUUCUUCCUAUAAUAAGCGGUAUGAAGAAUGUAUUACUCGCUCCUUUUUUGGACUAACACUAGUUGCUUGUGACAAUAUUGUCAUUUUCAAAACAAUACGUAUGUUUUUUUGCCUGUACUUGAAGUAUGUGGAUAUAAUCGAGGGCUGCUUUCUGAGCUGGGUGCUGUGGGGAAGUUAGGUUUUUUCACAGUACAGUCACAACAGCCAGAUAUUAGCUUGAGGGACUGGAGGGUUAUUAUAGUUUUAUCAAAUAAAGACUGAAAAACAGUAAUGAAAUGCUGUUACUAUAGUAUGUAAUGCUUGGUACAGUAGUUUUUAUUUCCAAACUUUGUCAAGUUAUAGUCCAAAAAGUUUUUACAUGUGUUUUUAUCUCAAAAAGAAAAAGUGCCUCAGUUUUUUCUUCUUUUUUUAAAACUGUUUUUUCCAACAGUUGUCAAGACAAGAAUUUAAAAAACAUUUUUAGAAGAGAAUAAUUUCACAGGCAUUCCACAGAUUUUUUCCUGUUUAGUUAAACUCAAUUCAAAUUUAUGUCAGUGUUUGUUUCAUUUUGCUUCAUUUUUUUCCCCUCUGUCUUUUUAAAGUGCAGUAAAAUGCAUGGGCGCUUCAAACCUGGGAGAAAAACAUACACUAUUUGAAACUGCAUGAGACAAUGUUUUCCUGAACAUGUCGCCUGUGUACAGCAGAACAUUGGUGCAAUGCCCUCCUUCGACGAACACUGGAAAUAAAUAAUCUUUAUUAGA